UUAUAUCCACCUCUACACACUUCCAUUUUCAGAGCUCCAGAAACUCUCUCAGCUCUAUUAACAAACAAUUCAUCUCUUUUCAAAUAUACAAUUAUGUACAGCAAUUCAACACCAAUGGCGUCCCCGCCGGACACCAGCAAAACCACAAAACUCGAACGCUACAACAGUUACCUCCGGCGAGUCAAUAGCACAAAACUCAUAUCCACUUCUUCAAAACUUCUCUUCAGAUCAACUCUCUUAGUAGCUUUGAUCUUACUUUUCUACUUCACACUCAAUUACCCACCUCUUUCUGAUAACAAUCACACCCAUCAUAUCCACACCACCACCCACAAUUUCCUUUCCUCCGCCUUCUACGGCAACGGCGCCGCCUGGGAAAAACAAGUCCGUCAAUCCUCAACCCCUCGCCGCCAGAACGGGUUCUCCGUCCUCGUCACCGGCGCAGCAGGAUUCGUCGGCACCCAUUCCUCACUUGCACUUAAGAAACGCGGCGAUGGCGUUCUGGGUCUUGAUAAUUUCAAUUCCUACUACGACCCAUCAUUGAAACGAGCUAGACAAAAGAUGCUUUUAAAAAAUCAGAUCUUUAUAGUCGAUGGAGAUCUUAACGAUGCUGAAUUGUUAACCAAGCUAUUCGACAUUGUCCCUUUUACCCACGUCCUUCAUCUCGCUGCUCAGGCGGGAGUGCGUUACGCGAUGCAGAAUCCUCAAUCGUACGUUAAAUCGAACAUAGCCGGAUUUAUCAACCUUCUUGAAGUUUGUAAAACCGCCGAUCCACAACCGUCGAUUGUUUGGGCUUCGUCUAGUUCUGUUUAUGGUUUGAAUAAACAAAACCCAUUUUCAGAAGAUCAUCGGACUGAUCAACCUGCAUCACUUUACGCAGCUACAAAGAAAGCCGGCGAGGAAAUUGCACAUACUUAUAACCAUAUAUACGGUCUCUCCCUCACCGGACUUCGUUUCUUCACUGUCUACGGUCCCUGGGGACGGCCGGACAUGGCUUAUUUCUUCUUCACAAAAGACAUCUUACAGGGAAAAUCGAUCAAUGUCUAUGAAACACAAGAUGGAAGACCAGUUGCCCGUGAUUUCACAUACAUAGAUGAUAUCGUUAAAGGGUGUUUAGGAGCAUUGGACACAGCGAAACCUAGCACCGGCAGCGGCGGGAAGAAGAAAGGUCCGGCACAACUGAGGAUUUAUAACCUUGGAAACACGUCGCCGGUGCCGGUGGGGAAAUUGGUGGAGAUUUUGGAGAGUUUAUUGGGGACAAAAGCGAAGAAACAUGUAAUCAAGAUGCCACGAAACGGCGACGUUCCAUAUACACAUGCUAACGUGAGCAUGGCGUAUAGGGAUUUUGGGUAUAAGCCUACCACCGACUUGACUACAGGGGUGAGGAAGUUCGUUAAGUGGUAUGUUAGUUAUUAUGGGAUUGAAUCGAGGGUAAAAAAGGAAUUUGACACCUCUAAUGAAUGAAUGAAUGAUCGAGGACAACCAGCCCAUAGAUCAUCACAUGGUGCCAUUUUUUUUUUGCUUUUCUUUUAAUUUUAAUAUUUAUUUUCCCAUUUCAAAUUAAAUGUAAGUGUAUAAUAAUAAUAAUAUAUAUGUAUACAUGUAAAAGAUAGAGAAUUUAUGUAACGAUGGUUCUAUUUUAUGGUUGAUAAUUUCUGCCCUAAAGAAGGGCAGAUUAAAAUAAUAAUAAAAAAUUUGUGAUGGACAA